AUGUCGUGGUUAAGAACGGCGGUGAACAGAGCAGCGGAGGUAGGAGGUCAGAACCAGCUCCGUCGCACCAUGCGCAGCUAUGCUGACUCCGUUGUUGUCCAUGCCGGUAAUGCCGUUGCUGGUGGCGCCAGGAUCCUCCAAGAACGCAUUGGUAUGAGGAAUCUACAAGGGUUUAAGCAUACGGUAAAAAGAUUAGAAGAAGUGUCUGUUUCAUGUAGAGGGGUUGAAAGAGUUCAGUUAUUGAGAAGGUGGUUGGUUGCUCUUAAAGAAGUCGAGAAAUUAUCAUCAGCCACUUCUGAUGAAAGCCCAAGCGAACAACAUCAUGAUUCUCCUACUAAUACUUUUGAUGAUAAAGAUAAUUCUCCUAAGAGACCAACUUUGGUUCUUUAUGUUGACUCUCAUGGAGAUGUACCCAGAAAUUUUCUUGAUGUUUUUCUUUAUAGCCAAGCUCUUGAAGGCAUCACACUGUCCAUGAUUCUUGAAGCACCCAAUGAUGAAGAAGUUCCUCUGCUUUUGGAGUUAUAUGGGCUGUGUCUCACAGGAGGGAAAGAAGUACAUAUUGAUGUUAUGAGAAGAGUGCAGGACUUGUCUGAGGCUUUCUCAGGUUGCCAUGAAGAAGUAUUGAUAAAACGUGAAGAAUUGCUCCAAUUUGCCCAAGGUGCUAUUGCAGGACUGAAAAUAAAUUCAGACAUUGCACGAAUCGAUGAUGAAGUCUGCAGCAUAAAGGAAAAGCUUAAUAAUCUAAACAAUAAAGAUGGUGAAACAACUCUUGAAACUGAACCAGCACUUGCUGAAAUUCAACUAUGUUUCAAUUUAGAGGCUCUCUUGCUGAAAAAGAAGUUACUGAGAAAUGGAGACUCUCCAGAGAUGCAUGCUGAAAAGGUUUAUAAACUCAAAAUAUUAUUGGAAUCACUAGCCAACUCUACCUCAAAAGCUGAAAAACGCAUUUUGGAUCACAGAUCUCAUAAAGAAGAAGCUCUCAGCUUUCGUGUAGCUAAAUCAGAUGAAGUUCAUCAUAUUGAGAAGGAAAUGGUGGCAGAGAUCAAACAACUUGAGAUACAAAGAGAUGAACUUGAAGCCGAACUGAAAAAGGUUAAUACCUCAUUGGCUGGUGCUCAUAUGCGCCUUCAUAAUUUAAGAGAAGAAAGAGACCAAUUUGAUGAAGCCAGUAAUGAAAUCCUUGUACACUUGAAAACGAAGGACGAUGAGCUAUCAAAAUCCAUUGCUUCAUACAGAGAAGAAGCUGAUAUUGUCGAUACUUGGAUCAAGUUUCUGGAUGAAACCUGGGUUCUCCAGACCUCAUAUACAGAUCAAAAAGAGAAGCAAGUCAUGGUUGAAUUGGAGAAAUGUGGAGACCGUUUUGUGAGUUUGGUCAUGCAUCUUCUUUCAAUAUAUAAGGAAAUGCUGGGGUCAUUGAUCACUCGAAUUAAGGAAAUUGUGGAGAGCUUAAGUAUAAAUCAAGAAUCCAAAUUAUCAUCUGGUGAAGAUGAUAAAAGUCAAAAAUCAUUAAAUCCAAACAAAGAUCUUGAAGAGCAAUAUGUAAACAUUGAGGCCAAAUUUUUAACCACAAGCAGUGUAGUGGAAACCAUAAAGAGACAAUUCUAUGUCCAAACUGAAGGCAUUUUCAGGAAAGAAGAUGACAAGGUAAAAGAGCUUUUUGAUGCCAUUGAUACCUUAAGAGAUAAGUUUGAAUCCAUAGACAGACCUAUAUUAAAGAUUGAGACUCCAAAUAAAAAUUCUGUGAACAGUAAAAGUCCAUCCACAAAAAACAUACAUGAUGUAAUUCAGUCUUCACUGAUUAGAGAAAAGAAAACAGUGAAAUCUGUGGAAAAUUUAACAGAACUUGACUCAGAGGGAAAUGAUGGCAGAAGUGACUCAGCAGAGGAGAUCAAUGACUGGGAGUUUGAUGCUUUUGAAAAAGACUGAUUACAUAGAGAUUCCUUUAUAUGUAAAAAUAUAUUUCUAAUAUAUAAUAUAUUUAUAUAUGACAUGUUACUUAGGAGAAACCAAAGAAGCAACAAUUUUCAAAAGGAUUACACUAUUACAAGUAUUCUAGUUGUUUUUGUUAGGUUAUGCACAGUCGGGUCUUCCCAACCAAGGUUUGUUUUAAUGUUGUAAGUAACUUGAAUUGGAUCAAAGUUAUCAACAAACAAAGCUUCCAUCUUUUUCUUA